AUGUCAAACAUUAAAGAGUUGGCUGAAAGUUGGUUGAAAUGGGAUAAGAAUGCUGAAACUAGAAAGGAAAUCCAAUCACUCUUGGAAUCAGACAAUCAAUCUGAAUUAAAGUCAAGACUUGAACAAAGAAUUGCAUUUGGUACUGCUGGUUUAAGAGGACCAAUGAAAGCAGGUUUCUCAUGUAUGAACGAUCUAACUGUGAUUCAAGCAAGUCAGGGAUUGUGUAUCUAUGUCGAGCAAACACUAUCAAACUCGAAAAACAGCGGUAUCGUAGUUGGUUACGACGGUAGACAUCACUCUAAAGAAUUCGCUAGAUUGACUGCUGCCACUUUUGCAUCACGUGGAUUCAAAGUCUAUUUGUUUUCAAAGAUUGUACCAACACCAUAUGUCGUAAUACUAUAUCUUAUCUCUAAUUAUAUGGAUUGUUAUGUUCAUCAGGCAUUUGCAGUACCAGAGUUGAAAGCAUCGGUUGGUGUUAUGAUUACAGCAUCUCAUAAUCCAAAGGAUGACAAUGGAUAUAAAGUAUAUUGGGACAAUGGUUGUCAAAUCAAUACUCCUCACGACAUACGUAUUGCCAUGCAAAUCGAUUUGAAUUUGGAACCAUGGAAUAUUGAUGUAAAUGAAUUGUUGAAUGGUUCAUUGGUAUCCGAUCCAUUGGAUACAAUUACCAAGAGUUAUUUCGGUAAGAUUGCCAAGUAUUCAGUAAAGAACGAAGUGAAAUUGGCAACCAGCGAAAAGAUUGUAUAUACUGCUAUGCAUGGCGUCGGUGGUGAGUAUGCCAAGAUGGCAUUUGAAACGUUUGGAUUGCCAGCGUUCAUUCCAGUGGAUCAACAGAUCCAACCGGAUCCAGAGUUCCCAACGGUAGCUUUCCCCAAUCCAGAGGAGGGUAAAGGCGCUUUGAAACUCUCCAUUGAGACAGCCGAGAGAAACAACAGUCGGUUGAUUCUGGCGAAUGACCCCGAUGCCGAUCGUCUCGCCGUUGCCGAGCGUCAGCCAGACGGACAAUGGAAGGUGUUCAACGGUAAUGAAAUCGGUGUGCUAUUCGCCGAUUGGGCAUGGCAAAAUGCACGUCGUGCUGACUCGACUACUCCCGCCGAGCGAUUCUGCAUGAUCAACACUGCCGUGUCGUCGUCGAUGCUCAAGACGAUGGCCAACAAAGAUGGAUAUCGCCACGAGGAGUGCUUGACUGGAUUCAAGUGGGUCGGUAACAAAGCACGUGAGUUGAUGGACAAAGGAUACAACUUCUUGUUUGCCUACGAGGAAGCGAUCGGUUUCAUGUAUGGCGAUGUCUCGCUCGAUAAGGACGGUGUUAGAUGCGCACCGAUUUUCGCAGAGUUGGCACUCACCUGUUACCAAGCGGGCAAAUCGUGUCAAGAUCACCUCGAGGAGCUGUACAAACGCUACGGUUAUCAUAUCAGUAAGAAUCGUUACUUCUUUUGCUACGAUCCCAAGAAGAUGGUAGCGAUAUUCGAUAAGAUCAGAAACUACGGACAGUUCCCAACAAAUUGCGGUGAUUUCUAUAUCACCAGAGUGCGUGAUCUCACCGUUGGCUAUGACUCUGGAUAUCCCGAUCACAAAGCAAGACUUCCCGUUUCCAGUUCCACUCAAAUGAUUACUUUCUACUUUGAGAACGGUGGUAUUGCUACUCUCAGAGGCAGUGGAACAGAACCAAAAUUAAAGUACUACGUAGAGAUGAUCGGAAGUGAUAGACAACUGGUCGAGUCAACCUUGUCGCAAUUGGUAGAGCAAGUUAUCAAUCAAUUCCUCAGACCUGUCGAGAAUGAACUGACUCCACCAAAAGACGAUUAA